AUAGGCAUAUUUACAAGAUUUUAAUUUUUUUCAAAUGAGAUGCUAUUCUUUUAAAUCCAUUUCCCAAACAAGUUGGGUCCUUAGGAUGUAUAUUAGCAUGGAAUAAUAAGACAAAAGUGUUCCAAGUCCUCCUGGAGUUAGUUUUCCGGAAGACAGAAAGAAAAAAAAUCAGAUGUAAAUGAAGGCUUCCUUGGCUAAGAAACCGAGAGGCGGGGAGUCAGACUGAGAACAAAAGUAAAAUGAAUUAGACCAAACUGACUUUAGACUUCACAGUCCCUGCAUGAGUCGGCUGCUCUCCAGAACAGAUUGGGGCCAUGGAUCUGGAACACAAUCAGUCAACAGAUUACUAUUAUGAUGAAAAUGAAGUAAAUGGCACUCAGGAUUACAGUCAGUAUGAAAUACUCUGUGUCAAAGAGGAGGUCAGAAACUUUGCCAAGGUAUUCCUGCCAACCUUUUACACAGUGGCUUUUAUUGUUGGGAUUGCAGGAAAUUCCACAGUGGUGGCUAUCUACGCCUAUUAUAAGAAACAGAAAACCAAAACUGACAUGUAUAUCAUGAAUCUGGCAGUGGCCGAUUUGCUUCUGCUCAUCACCUUGCCAUUUUGGGCAGUUAACGCAGUGCAUGGAUGGGUACUAGGGGUACCGAUGUGUAAACUGACGUCAGCCUUAUUCACCAUAAACUUUGUCUCUGGGAUGCAGUUUCUGGCCUGCAUCAGCAUAGACAGAUACUCUGCAAUCACUAAAGUCCCAGGGCAUCAAAGGGCAGGAAGACCAUGUUGGAUUAUUUGUGUUGGUGUCUGGAUCACUGCAAUAGUGCUGAGCAUACCUCAGCUAGUUUUUAACACAGUGAAUGACAAGAAGAGAUGCCUGCCCAUAUUUCCACACCACCUAGGAAUAACAAUGAAAGCAUCAAUUCAGAUCCUGGAAAUUUGCCUAGGGUUUGUAUUACCCUUUCUCAUAAUGGGAGUUUGUUAUUCUGUAAUUGCUAGGACACUCAUCAAGAUGCCCAACAUGAAGAAAUCUCGGGCCCUCCAGGUUCUACUCGCAGUUGUGGCUGUUUUCCUUAUUACUCAGCUGCCGUACAACAUAGUCAAGUUCUGGCAAGCCAUCGACAUCAUCUUUUCGCUGAUUACUGACUGUGAAACGAGCAAGCGCAUGGAUGUGGCCAUCCAAAUCACAAAGAGCCUGGCCCUUUGUCACAGCUGUCUCAACCCAAUCCUAUAUGCUUUUAUGGGAUCCUCUUUUAAAAUGCACAUUACCAAAAUGGUGAAGAAAUAUGGCUACUGGAGGAGACAGAGACAAAAUCCAGAAGACAUCCCUUUUGAUUCUGACGGUCUCACAGAACCAACAAGUACUUUUAGUAUCUAGCAGGUAGACUGAUCUCUUUGUUCAGUGGGGUGCAUGAUGCUGCUCAAUGUAUUCUAAUAUAGGAGAACAUAUCUGCAUUUAUCAGAGAUUUAAAUUUCAGUAGGACACUAAGCCAUAUAUCUAGAUAACACAUAAAAACAUAAGUGACAUUCCCCCAUGUGACAUCAAAAAAAAUCUAGUACAUUAGAAUUAAGUGAACUAAAACAAUAAUGACAACUACAAGAAGUGGAAAGGAAGGAAUCCCAACAGAAAAAACAGUAGAAACUUAGGAAAUGCAAGCAAAGAAACUCCUAAGGCAAUAAAAGACACAGUAAAGGGUAAGAAAAUGCUACAAAUAAUCUCUGACUGCAGAGAAUAAUUCUGUAACAACUAGAAUCAAAGAAAGGGAGGUAUAACAUACUAACCAACCCUAAGAACUGUUGGAAGACUUAGUAAAAGAAUCAAAGAAAGAGAUAAAAAAGGAGAUUGAGACUCUCAAAGAAAACCCAAGAAUAAGAAUGAGUGACUCAAAACGGAAGGCUGAAAAACCUUGAAGAGACACCUAGUAGGAGUAGUAGGAAACACCUAGAAAAAUAAUAGACAGCCUUGAAAAACUCAGCAUUCUAUACAAAGAGGAUGCAGAUGAACAUGGGACCUGCUGGCACUUUAUGUACAUUAGAUAUAAAUGUAAGGGAGAGCUAGUGGACAAUACAAAUCAAGACUAGGCAGGGGGUCUACCAUCCCAUCCUAACUGUACAGGAACAGUCAGAUUCUAGCCAUGAUAAAAAGUCCUAAUUUAGUGAGGAAAACUUGAAAUAUGAAUAAACAGAAGAAAACAUGUAUGACAAUAACAAUAAAAAGGACUUUCACUAUACAAUCUAGAGGAAAAGACUAUGUUUACAAUGUCUACAGGCGGAAUCUUAGAAAUAUAAUUGCCCACAAGAUCUAAUAAAAUUUCUAGAAGGGAUAAAACAAGAAAUAAACAAAAUAUUUAUAAAUUAAAUUAUAACUCUAGAAGAACAAAAAGAAGAAUAAGUUUAAUAUAGGAGAUAUGAAAUUUCUUAUAUAAGUAACAGACCUCUUGGAAAUGAGAAUAUACCAAACAGAAAUAAGUAUCUAUAGGAGACAAUAAGAAAUAUUAAAACAAGAUGAAAGGAAUAAAAAGAGGAAAAAAUAAGGUGUCUUCUAAUUAAAACAACUCACCUGGGAAACAGAUCAUAGAAAGUUAAUCUAAGAACACUCAGAUUAAAAACAAUGAUAUUUUAUUAAAAAUAUUUUAUAUUUUUAUAAAGGUAUAUUUUAUUAAAAGAAAUCACAAAUGAAAACCAUCCAGGUCCCUGACCACCACUCACUUCCUGAAAGAAACCCACAAAUGAAAAUUCUCAAAAACAUUAUGGAUCAGGUCCAGAGGAACUAUGAUCAGGAUCAUCCAAGAUUUGGCAAUUACAAAAGUAAAGGACAGAAAAGCUUCAAAUAUGAUAUUCCAAAAGGCAAAAGAUAAGGACUUAAAAGAAGAACAAUUAUUUGGCAAAACUGAAUAUAAUUCUACAAUAAAAAUGGAUUUUUAAUGAAUUAGAGGGCUUCCAAGCAUUCUUGCUAAAAAACAAAAACAGAAUCUUUAAAAACACAGAAGUCUAGAGAAACUGAGGAAGGUAAAUAUACUGGGGCAAUUGGAAGGGAAUAUACAGUCAAGAAAUGUUUGCAUUUUAAAGGGAGGAGAAAAAAAAUAUUUACU